GGUCGCGCCGGGGGCGGGCCUAGAAGCCUGCGGGGACGGGGGAAGGAUUGGGUUUGGGUCGGGACGCUCUGGCUCCACCAUGGACCGAAGGAAAAAGCCUUUGGAAGUCACGGCCUCCUCGUUGGUAGACCUUAAGGCCGAACUCUUUCGAAAACAAGAAGAAUUCAAACAAGAAAAACUUCUAAAAGAUUCUGGAGUUUUGGGAAAACCAAAAACAACUAAUAAGAAACCAAGUAUCUGGAACAAACAGAAUGCAGGAGUUUCAAAUCGCGCUGAGAAGGAUGCGGAGCAGAAGAUUGAGGAACAGAAGACUUUAGACAAAGCAAGGGAGAAACUGGAAGAAAAAGCUAAAUUAUAUGAAAAAAUGACCAAAGGAGACUUUAUAGAUGAAGAAGUGGAGGAUAUGUACCUUGUGGAUUUCACGCAGAAGAUGAUAGACAAGCACAAAGAAAUGGAGUCAUUUGGUGCCAACAGAGAUUCUAGAAAGGCAGGAGAAAGAGACGAGGAUGAAGAAAAUCUUUCUGAAACAGAUACACCUCCUCCCCAGGACCCCAGUGAAGAAUGGGUGGACUAUGUGGAUUCCUUAGGGCGAUCGCGGCGCUGCAUGAAAAAGGAUUUGCCACAUCUGUUGGAGAUGGAUAAAAAUCUUCAGGGGAAGCUUUUUGUUAGUCCUGCUAAUGAAAAAACCUUACUAUCUGAAGACAUGAGAAAAGAACUUCAGCGCCAGCAAUGGGAGGAAGAAGAGCGGGAGGCCCUGAAAAGGCCAAUGGGACCCAUACAUUAUGAAGACAUUCGUGAAAAUGAGGCCCGGCAACUUGGUGUUGGAUAUUUUGCCUUUGCCCGAGAUAAAGAGUUAAGAAACAAGCAAAUGAAAACGUUAGAGAUGCUGCGUGAACAGACAACAGACCAGAGAACAAAACGAGAAAACAUAAAAGAAAAGCGAAAGGCUAUGUUAGAAGCAAGACUUGCCAAACUUCGACAAAAAAAGAUGAAAAUAUCAAAAGAUGAUGGAGCAGAGGAAGAAAGUAAAGAUGGAAAUGUUAUUGGGCCUUUGCCACCAGAACCAGAGGCCAUGCCAACUCCGCCUAUUGCUGCCCAGCGUAGCAAAGUAGAAGUCAUCGUUCAGGAGAGGAAGGAUACCAGGCCCGGAGUGCCACACGUCCGGGAGUGGGACAGAGGAAAAGAAUUUUCCUUUGGGUACUGGUCGAAGAGGCAGUCAGAUCUCCGGGCUGAAAGAGAUCCUGAGUUUGCCCCACCGUCGGAUUACUUUGUGGGUCAAAAGAGAACUGGUUCUUUCAGUAGCCAGACAUGGAGCAGACCUGCACCUGCACAGAGUGAUGCUGGCCAAAGCCAUGACCCCAGCUGUUCACAUACGUCACCCACUCCUGCUCCCAGCAGCCCACCACAAGCCCCCACGGUCACUUUUGAAACUCUGGAUGAUAUGAUAUCAUAUUAUAAACAAGUGACAUGAACAUAAAAAGCAUUCUGACUUGGGUCCAUGCUGUUGGUGGUAUCUUUUCCUCCCAGAGCAGAGAAAAUGACUUGAUUUUAGGGACCAAAAUAUAACUUUAUUUUCCUGCCCUUUCCCUAGAAGAUAGAGGUUGGAUUUGUCAGCAAGGAAGAAGGUGAAUGGUACCUUGGGAAAUCUGUGGCCACGUGGCCAUUCAUUUCUUUCUAAUUUGUAUGGCGAGAUAUUCAUGUGGCUUUAAGUGUAAGCUGUGAUGGAAUAGAAAUAUUCUUUAAUAUUUGACAUCAA